CUGAUGUUUGGUGAGGAUGUAUCAGGCAGGUUGCUGGAGAGGUGGCCAACAACAUUCAAAAGAAAGAUUAUUCAACAAGGCAGAAAGCUUCCUUCUACCACUGACCUGGAAGAACUCUUGCUGGCAGCUGACUCUCCUGAGGAUGCCACUGAAGUUAAUGCUGACAUUGGCUGGGACAGUGACCUCUCAGCGAUUCUAUUGCUAUUACAUCUGAUUCCACCAUCUGGUCAGGGUCGGAAGAGACCAGGAAAGGUGUCAGCUUCUCAAGCAGAAAGGCAUCUUGUGGUUUUCAAGAAGACUGGAACAAAUAUCCAAGAGCACCUUGAUGCCAUCACUACCAGCACUCAACCCUACCUCCUGGCUGUUGGGGUGAAAAAGAAUGACAUCCACCAGUUCUUCAUUAUUCUUGACAAGAAUGCCAUACCCUGCAAGUCUACCUCUUCACUUGGUGCUUUUGAUGAACUGUUUAAAGCACAUUUUGUGUUUGGCACAUCUUACAACACCAUGCUUCACAAGUGUUUUUUGAGAUUCAUACUCAGGCUAAAGAUGCAGCUUUACAGAGCGUACCUUUACAGGACACUACAAGUAAAAAGAAAUUAGAGCAGUCAUUCGAAAACUUUGAAAACCCAUUCACACUGUUAAAUUCAGAAGCUAAACGAAAUAGGCACUUUAAACAAAAAUGGGCAACUGUUGAACCUGUUGAAAUGGUGCUUGGCACAAGAUUUGACAGUAGAAGAAACAAGAUCACAGGGACUUUUGAUCAAGUCAUUGUAACUGAUAGGUUUGCAUAUGUUCCUAUUUUGGAAACACUGAAAACUAUCUUUCAAAACCACCAUGUUGUCGACAUGUUCAAGUCGAGGAAUAUGUCCAGAGAAGGUGUGUAUGCAGACUUAAUCGAUGCUGCCUAUGUUAAAAGAUGUCCCCUAUUUUCUGCAGAAAAAGAUGCCUUACAAAUUCAACUGUUUUAUGAUGACUUUGAAACUGCAAAUCCUCUGGGCUCUAAAAAGGGUAUACAUAAAUUAGGUGCAAUAUACUUUACACUAAGGAAUUUUCCUCCAAUCUUUAAUUCGUUGUUGGUCAAUAUUCAUUUGUGCGCUCUUUUUCAUGCACAAGACUCAAAGCGUUAUGGCUUUAAUUCAAUCCUUGAGCCACUUGUCAAUGAUCUGAAAGUUCUUGAGACAGAGGGACUGAAACUUCCCAUGUUUAAACACUUGGUUCAUGGCACUGUAAUCCAGGUCACUGGGGACAAUCUUGGCUUGCAUAGUCUGUUUGGGUUCGUGGAGUCAUUUGCAGCUCGAUAUUGUUGUCGUUUUUGUCUGCUUGAGAAGGAUUGUUUUCAAAGUGUGUUCUGUGAAGAUGAUUCUGGUGUUGUACUAAGAACUCUUGAUAUGCAUAAGCAGCACUGUGAAAGUGUACAAAGAGAUCCUACGCUACCUCAUGUAUGUGGUGUGAAACGCACUUGUCUCUUGAAUUCACUUAAAUAUUUCAACGCAGCCAACAAUUUUUCUGUAGAUAUCAUGCAUGACAUUUUGGAGGGAGUUGCUCAGUUAGAGGUGAAACUUGUGCUGCAGUACAUUCAGGAGAACUUCCUAAGUGCUGAACAACUUGCUGGUAGAAUACAUGCCUUUGAUUAUGGCUUCAAUCAGCAGCGAAAUCGCCCACCAAGGGUAAAGUUGUUUGAUGGCAGUAAUGAUUUAGGACUAAAUGCAAUUCAAUCUUGGUGCUUAUUGCGUAAUGUACCUUUGAUGUUUGGUGAUUUAGUACAGGUGGGUGAUAGCUACUGGCAUCUUCUACUUCUGCUUCUACAAAUUGUCAAUAUUGUGUUUUCACCAGUGCUGUCAGAAGGUAUGACCAUCUACCUCAAACAUUUAAUUAUUGAUCAUCAUAAGCUCUUUAAGCAGUUAUUUCCUACACUCAGUCUCUUACCAAAGCAUCACUUCAUGAUACAUUACCCUCGCAGUAUACGAAAUAUUGGCCCAAUUCUGCACAUGUGGUGCAUGCGUUACGAAGCCAAACAUAACUUCUUUAAGAAGCAAUUAAAAAGCUUUAAAAACAUUACAAUGACAUUAGCCAAGAAACACCAAAGUUGUAUGGCCAUGUAUUGGGAGUCUUUUAGCCUUGAAAGAUUAGCUUUAGGACCAGGAAAGAUGGUGACACUUGGAGAGCUGAAAGAAGGUCCAGAAAUUGCUUUAAAAUUUGGAGCUAUGUUGUCUACCAGUGUUUUUUCAGCUAAGUGGAUAAAACAUCAUGGUACAGAGUACCGCCCUGACUUUAUCAUCUGUACAGAGGUAGUGUCUGAGAUUCCGGUGUUUUAUAAGAUCAAAAGUAUUGUUGUGAAAGAUGACAUUGUAUUGCUCUGUGGAAAGCUGAUGGAAACCCUGUGUUUUGAUGACCAUUAUCAUGCAUUUAAGGUCAGAAUGCAUCCCAAUAUGGUGCUGAAGGUGUUGAACAUAAAAGAGCUGUGUUACUUCAAACCAUUUGAUCUUCAAAUGAAGUAUGGCACUUCUGAUUCCUCCCUGUAUGUGGUUCCAUAUUGUCAUUUUAUGCCGGACUAAAUUCAUUGUUUUAAAGUGUUUUAUGAGUGUGUUUUUGUGUGUAGUGUUUUAUGUACACUACAUGAGAUGUUUUAAUAUUUUGAGCCUGACAUCAAAAUAAAGCUGUUAAAUGUA